AUGCCUGUUUCUGCCAAGCCGUUGUUUUUCCUCUGCGCCUUCAUCCUGAGCCAGUUGACGGCGAUGCAGAAGACCAUUGCAGUGUUCUUGCAAAAUUUUCUGGAAAGAACCCCGGACCAACAACUUUUCCGGUUUGUCAGUGGGCCAGCUGGAACAGGAAAAACAAUUCUUCUCCAUUACCUCAGAGAUGUCAUUGUGCGCCAUUUUGAUACGAACGCAGCCUGUCGCCUGGCUGCUUCAACAGGAACCGCAGCAUGGAACAUCCACGGAGCCACACUACACUCGUUGAUCAAAUUAUCUAUCGAAAACGAAGAUGCUUUUCAAGUAUUAGAUGGACCUACUCUUGAUACUCUGAGAAAGGAACUAACCGGAAUGAAAUUCCUCUUCAUCGACGAAGUUAGCAUGAUGAGCGCAAAGGCUCUCUCGGAGACGUCGUCCAUCCUUCAGAGAGUCUUCUUGUCACAUCUUCCUUUUGGAGGAGUCUCUGUUUUCCUGUUCGGAGAUUUGCUGCAAUUGGAGCCAGUAAAUGGAGAAGGAAUAUUCGAAGAUCUUCCAAUGUGCUACUUGCCAGAAAGAAAUGCUCGCUCCACGAACCCAAACAACGACCCACUUCACGAGAACCUCUUCCAGCUAUUCAAAACAUUCCAUUUGACAAAAUGUGUGAGGGCUGAAAAAGAAGAAGAUGUGGAAUUGUUGAUGAAAAUAAGAAGAGGAGACACGGACAAAGCAAUGUUUCGACAACUUGAACUAAAAUGUGGAAUGUCGGGAAAAUUCCCAAGCGAAAUUUUCGCCGAAUUGGAAACUCUGGAAUCAGCAAAUCGCGGUAAAAGUUUCAUAAUAUUGACCGCUGGGAACAAUGACGCAAAACAGCUGAAUGAUUACAAAAUCGGGAAAAUUGGUGAAAUCACAUCGUUGAAAAGAGUCAGAGCCACACCAUCGCCGUCAAUGCCUGAAACCUCUUUCAGAAAAGUCACAGGAUUCGUACCAUUCGUCAAGAACGUCGCUAUAGGCUGCAGGAUAAUGUUAACCUACAAUAAGUGUUCUAGACGGGGUCUUGGCGAGGUCGCUGGAUCUUUGCCGUAUAGUGAAAUAUAA